AUGGGGACUCGAGAAGUCUACGAAGAGAAGCUUCGAAGAGGGAACCUGCACCAUGAUCCAACCCUGAAACCGGGCCUCGGCUCGGCGCGAUGCCCCCGUUGUCUUUCUCUGUUGAACCCAAACAAAGAAAGUUCGGAAUGGAAAGUUGCCCCGGUUUUACACGAUGCCAUGUCUGUGGCUGGAUCCGGGAUUGGUGGGAUGCUUAGUGCAGUUCAUGGGUUCAAUACAGGAAUUCCAUAUUUCCAAAAGAAUGUGAAAGGGCCAAAGUGGCUUCCAUUUGUCAUUGGGCUUCCUCCCCUGCUUAUGUUUUCUGCUGCUAGUGCUGCUUUUGGAGGUUAUGCACUUCCAAAGUUCGCUCAACUCACGGUGACAUCCUAUUUUGCUGCUUCAAGUGCAUCUCAUUAUGGCAUUUCAUUGCUCACCCGACACAUAGAGGAGGACUAUAUCUCCAGAAUUGAACACAAGGAGCUUAGAUGA